AGGGUCAAAUGGCACAGGUAGCUAACCCUAGUCUACAACACAUUCACCAGAUGUUGCGGGUUUGGGAUUUUCUUAACGUCUAACUUUAACAAAAAGCGCGUUAACAGGCGGCACAGUAUCGUUUUGUUGUCUAAUUUUAACCACAGCCAUGUUUUAGACCGCUAGAUUAGCUGACGGUAACAGUUAGCUCGGUUGCUGUCAUGGUCGACGUCAGCCUGGAGAAGACAAACGUAUGACUGAUCGUUAGCUCACCCUCAAAAACAACCAAGCCGUUAGAAAACGUUCACUUUAUGAGGGUGUCCACCUGAAGUCACUCUGCUUCUAAGAUGAGGAGAUUAACCAAGAAGAAGGCUCUAACUCUGGUGAAGGAGUUGGACGCCUUCCCCAAAGUUCCCGAGAGCUACGUGGAGUCCACAACCAGCGGUGGGACAGUGUCUCUGAUAGCCUUCACUCUCAUGGCUGUACUUGCCUUCCUGGAGUUCUUCGUGUACAGAAACACAUGGAUGAAGUAUGAGUACGAGGUGGACAAGGACUUCAGCAGUAAACUCAGGAUAAAUGUUGACAUUACUGUUGCCAUGAGAUGCCAAUAUAUAGGUGCAGAUGUCCUGGAUCUGGCAGAGACCAUGGUUGCAUCUGAUGGCUUAAAAUAUGAACCAGUCAACUUUGAACUCUCACCACAGCAAAGAUUAUGGCACAUGACUCUGCUGCACAUCCAGGAGCGUCUGAGAGUGGAGCACUCUCUUCAGGAUGUUCUCUUCAAGGCUGCAAUUAAAGGAGCUCCUCCCGCUCUGCCUCAGAGCGAGGACAGCGCCACCUCCCUCACUGCCUGUAGGAUACAUGGACAUUUGUAUGUCAACAAGGUGGCAGGAAAUUUCCACAUUACUGUUGGCAAGUCCAUCCCACAUCCCAGAGGCCAUGCCCAUUUAGCUGCUCUAGUCAGCCACGACAGUUAUAACUUUUCUCAUCGGAUCGACCACCUGUCCUUUGGAGAGGUGAUCCCUGGGAUUAUCAGCCCACUGGACGGCACAGAGAAAAUCUCUGCUGAUUCUAACCACAUGUUUCAGUACUUCAUCACCAUCGUGCCAACCAAGCUGAAUACCUACAAGGUGUCUGCUGACACUCAUCAGUACUCAGUCACUGAGAGGGAGCGAGUGAUAAACCAUGCUGCAGGCAGCCAUGGAGUCUCAGGGAUCUUUAUGAAGUACGAUAUCAGUUCACUGAUGGUCAGAGUCACUGAGCAGCACAUGCCCCUCUGGCAGUUUCUCGUCAGACUCUGUGGUAUCAUUGGAGGCAUUUUCUCUACCACAGGAAUGCUCCAUGGGAUGGUCGGCUUCUUGGUUGAUGUAAUUUGCUGUCGUUUCCAAAUGGGAAUCUACAGGCAACUUAAGGAGGCUCCUCUGGAUGUGCAGGAAAACAGCAAAACCCCAGUUCAGACAGAAAAUUACUCUCAACAGUGAGAACUACUACUCAGCUGCAGUCGACUGACUUCUCACCAUCUUGGCCUAACCCACCUUUCAGCAAUGAGAUGCUGGGAAAAUGUUUACAUUUUUUUAAUUAUAAAAUUUGUCCCUGCUGUGCUCAGAAAUGUGUACAUAUUUUUAUCUUUUUAAAACAUUUUUACUGGAUUGGGUGUAAGAGUCAGACAUCACCGUUCCGCCUGGGAAGGAUUUUAAUUGAUUGCUGCAAUAAUUUCCUGUCACUUUCGCUUGAAGGCUAGACCAGGACGACUGAACAGCAGAAAUCAUUUACAUCAUUAUUGUAGGUCUGACUUCAUUAAAUACCUGGUGUUAAAUUUUCCCAUGGUAUCCACACUUACUCUGGCUAAUGGCUGAUUCUGGGUUAUAUUUUGGAGUGUGCACUUGAUUGACAUCUCCCUGACAGAUUAGGUUUAAACCUGUGAAAUGAGAGGGAUGUUUUUCUGAUCCUAUCAUGUAGUUUGGUGACCUCAGAAAACUCCCAGCAAAGCUCUGCCCAACUUAAAGCUGAAAAGACGUAUAAUCAGCUUCAGUAAAGGAAACACCUGCAGGGCCUUUAAAGGAGGGUUGUGUGAAAAGACUAGAAAGGUUUUAAACUGUUCUACAAGUGUGCCUAUGUGUAAAUAUGAGGCUGAUUUGUUAAAUAAAAUCCACUUUCAACUUGAUGUGGAUUUGUUGUUAAUGUUCAGGAUUGUCAGUGGUAUAUUCUGCCUGGGAGCUUGGUUUGGAAAGGCCUUUUACCUGAUCGCACGACGGACGCAAGUGGAACUGUGAUUUUAACAUGAAUAUUUGCAAAAAAAACCAAACA